UAGACUUAAAGACGCAUGCGAUUGACACGUAGCCAAUACAAUGCGUCCACGUGUCAUCUCCCCUGUCUAGCAAAUGGAUAAAGGACAGAGUCGGCUGCUUUAGGGAACUCGAAUCUGAAUUUUUCUUCGAUUAUUAUCACCAUGGAUGGAGAGGAGAUGCUUGAUUGGGAGCUCGUUCACGGCUCGGAGACCGAUUCAAUCACAUCGGAGAAGGAAUCAAGUGUAAUCGAUGACGGUAUGAUUGUCUCUGAUCAUUUCUCUGCCGAUCAUCCUACAACUGAACAAAGCAUAGGAUCUGGUGAUUCUCCUCGGGUCGGUUACGGAUCCGAGUAUCCGAAUCUGGUGGGUUUGGGGUUCGAUCAGUUGUAUGUUUAUCAAUCGGGUGUCAGAAACGAAUUAGGGUUUAUUGAUGGUGAGGUUAAGGUGAGUGAUUUUCAACCUUCUGAUGAGAAUAACAUCAUGGGCGAAGGUGUUCACGAUGAAUCUCUUAUGGAGGAUGCAAGCAUGUGUUUGUUGGAAACAGACAAUCUCCAAGUUGAGAGCCGCCAAGCUGGUGUUGAAGAACAUAUUGAGGAUUUGGGCAAGUCUUUGUCUGGAGAUUCUGGGAAUGGGAGUGGUGAAGAGGAGAUUGUUUCUGAUAGUGAAGCAGUUGAGGGAAGUGGAGGGGAUACUAGUGCACAUGUUGUGGCCGUAGAUUCUGCUGUUGUGAGAUCUGGUGAUGAGGGUAAAAAAAGUAGAGAGACAGUGUGGUGGAAGAUUCCGUUUGUGCUUGUCAAGUACUAUGCAUUUAGGAUUGGUCCUGUUUGGUCUGUCUCUAUGGCUGCAGCUGUGAUGGGUUUUGUUCUCUUGAGACGCAGACUCUAUCAUAUGAGAAAGAAGGCUCAAAGGAUCCAUCUUAAAGUUGCAAUCGACGAGAAGAAGGUGUCGCGGGUGAUGAGUCAGGCGGCUCGACUCAAUGAAGCAUUCUCAGAGGUAAGAAGGGUCCCAGUGAUCCGCCCUGCUCUGCCAUCUCCUGGCGCAUGGCCGGUUUUGAGCCUUAGAUGAGAAGCCGAUUGAUUAUCCAAUGUCUCAUAAUGUUAUGUACCAGAGGAGUAGAGAGACACGUACAUGUGUGUACAGUGACUCAUCAUGUUGUGUACUAAAAGAACAGAGAUUUAUGGUGUUUAUGAUGUUUCUAUCAUUUUGAUUCA